AAAACCAAACCCCACCAUUGAUCAGAUCUCUCUCUGAUAUAUAUAUAUAUAUAUUUCUUCUCAUUUGAGAGAGAGAGAGAGAGAGAGAGAGGCACCAGCAUUUCGAGCGUGCUUCCUUUCGAGAGAGAAAGAGAUGGAAAAGGUCGUUUUUGCUGUUCUUUUCAGGAAGAGAAGAUGAAGGACGUGAAGCAGGAUCUGGAGCAGCAACACACCAGCUCCGACUCUCAACAGGAGCACCACGAUCACCAGCAGACUUCUCAGCGUCGUCCUCGUGGCUUUGCAGCAGCGGCAGCCGCUGCUGCUUCAGGGGACCCUAAUGCCUCCCUCAGGUUGAAGAGGGAGAGGGAGAGGGAGAGGGAGAAGGAGCGGACCAAGCUGAGGGAGCGGCACCGCCGCUCCAUUACUAGCCGCAUGCUCGCUGGCCUCCGCCAGUAUGGGAACUUCCCCCUUCCGGCCCGCGCUGACAUGAAUGAUGUCCUUGCUGCGCUCGCCCGCGAGGCCGGGUGGACCGUCGAGGCUGACGGCACCACGUACCGCUCGUCUCCUCCUCCUGCCCAUUUGGCACCAGUCCCAAUUAGGUCUAUCGAAAACCCCCCAUCUGCUACGUCUUUGAAAACUAGCUCUGUCAAAGGAUCAUUAGACUGCUCACCUUCUGCUCUCAGAGUGGACGAGAGCAUGUCACCAGCGUCUCUGAAUUCGGUUGCAGUUGCAGGCAAGAACAUGCAGAAUGAGAAAUAUGGAAAUGCAAGCCCCAUCAACACAUCGGAUUGUUUGGACGCUGAUCAGGUUAUGCAGGAUAUUCAUCUCGGGGACCAUGAGAACAAUUUUACCGGAAAUCCAUAUAUGCCCGUUUACAUGAUCCUUCCUGCUGGCGUUAUCAACAACUUUUGCCAAUUGGUUGACCCAGAAGGCAUGCGGCAGGACUUGAGGCAUCUCAAGUCUUUAGAUAUAGAUGGAGUGAUUGUAGAUUGUUGGUGGGGCAUUGUUGAAGGCUGGAGCCCACGAAAAUAUCAAUGGUCUGGCUAUAGAGAUCUAUUUAACAUCAUUCGGGAAUUCAAACUGAAAUUGCAGGUUGUAAUGGCAUUCCACGAGUGCGGAGGAAAUGGAUAUGGGGAUAUGCCAGUCUCCCUUCCCAAGUGGGUUUUGGAGAUCGGGAAAGAUAACCAAGAUAUAUUUUUCACAGAUCGUGAAGGGAGGAGAAAUACAGAGUGUCUUUCAUGGGGCAUCGACAAAGAAAGGGUGCUAAAAGGAAGGACUGGCAUUGAGGUGUAUUUUGACUUUAUGAGAAGCUUCCGCACGGAGUUUGAUGACUUAUUUGCAGAGGGCCUCAUAUCUGCGGUUGAAAUUGGACUGGGUGCUUCUGGGGAGCUGAAGUACCCUUCAUUCCCAGAGAGGAUGGGAUGGAGAUACCCUGGUAUCGGUGAGUUUCAGUGCUAUGACAAAUAUUUACAACAAAAUCUACGAAAAGCAGCAAAAUUGCGUGGGCACUCAUUCUGGGCCCGGGGGCCUGACAAUGCUGGUCAAUACAAUUCUAGGCCGCAUGAAACGGGAUUCUUCUCUGAUCGGGGUGACUAUGACAGCUACUAUGGGCGUUUUUUCCUUAAUUGGUAUUCACAGAACCUAGUAGAACAUGCUGAUAAUGUACUCUCUCUUGCAAGCCUUGCAUUUGAGGACACACAAAUAAUUGUAAAGAUACCAGCAGUUUAUUGGUGGUACAGGACUUCGAGCCAUGCAGCGGAGCUCACAGCAGGAUUCUACAAUCCUACAAAUCAGGAUGGUUAUUCUCCAAUCAUUAAUAUUCUUAAGAAACAUUCUUCAGCUCUUAAGUUUGUCUCUAUAGGAUUUCAGGCCCCCACCCAGGAAAAUGACGAAGCAUUGGCUGAUUCAGAAGCUUUGAGUUGGCAGGUUCUGAAUUCUGCGUGGGAUCAUGGUUUGAGUGUAGCUGGUCAGAAUGCCCUUCCAUGUUAUGAUAGGGAUGGGCACACCAGGAUCCUGGAGGCUGCAAGGCCAAGAAACCAUCCUGAUUGUCGCCACCUGUCAUUCUUUGCAUACCGACAGCUGUUGCCUGCUUUGAUGCAGAGAGAACUGAGCUCCUUGGAGUUGGAUCAUUUCGUCAAAUGCAUGCACGGGGAAAUAGCAACUGAUGAUCUCCAAGUCUAAUUGAUCACGGUGCAGUUGAUUUCUACAUGCGGCAAGAAGGAAGAGAAUGCUGCAAUUGUAACAGCAGUUACAGCAUGAGAAUGGAUAUGGAUAUGGAUAUGGAAAUGGAAUAUUUGUACCUUCUUGGUUGAUUGUAGUCAAAAUGCUUGCUGUUCUAUGGUCAUUUUCCAUUCUGGUGCCUGAAAUUGUUGUUGUUUUUCUAACCUUUGUUUCUAAUCCGUAAUAUAGCCAAGCCACAUAUAUCCAUGUGCACCGAUGAGAGAGAAGAUGAGAAAAAACUGUUGGUUCUGCUUUGAGC